GAUUAUAGCACUGAAUUAGUAGUUAGACAAGUGUUCAACAGAAUUCAAAAUGUUAUCGGAAAUAUUGUUAAACUAAAAAUGUGUAAAAAUGUGAUUUAGUUUUAAUGUUUAACGGAAAUCAGAAAUCAACCAAGAAGAAAUGGACUACAAACCCUCAUCCAAAAUCGCACUGUUCCAAGACGCCAUUGAUUGCCUUGCCGGCAUCAAGCUGCCCCAAUCGCCUCCAAAAGACAUCGAACAGAAUGGGUACGAUGUCUUCAUGGGGAUCUGUGAACUGAGCGCCAGUCUCGGAAACUUCAGUCACAAUGUGCCAAAUACGAUGAAAUUCUUGGCCGAAAACCGAACCCAACCCUGUGGCUCCUACGAGCUGGUCUUGUUGAACAAUUUUCGCAAGGAGUUCGAACAUCAUCAGAUGGACCCGGACAAGGAGACAAGGAUGGUGCACGAGGCCCGGGGCAACCUGUUUAUGCAUCUCUACAAGGAACUGGUGGACAUAGAGCCGGAGGAGAACCAGAGAUUGCAGUACAUGCAGCUCUGCUAUGAGCUUAUUGAUAUUGACCGUCCAAAGAACUGCGAAGAAGACCGAAUCGAGCUCAUUAAUCGCUUGCUUGUUCAGGUCCAAAAUCUGAUGCAGCGUCUGCAGGAAAGAAGCCUCGAUGAUCCAGAUUCAGGAGUGCGUGGCACCGAUUCUCUCAUAGAUAUGUAUUUGGCGUCCAAGAACCUAAUGCUAGACUCUAAAAUGGAGAGUAUCCGAAAUCUACACGGCGUUAAAAAUGGCCUCUCGCUUCCCUUACGAGGCAUAAGUUUUGAAAAGGGCAUUGCCGUGAUCCAUAAUCAAAGGCUAACUAUUGCCGCUGAGUUGCGGCAUGAAGAUAUAAAUUUGAAAUUGGUAAACAGUUUUUCGGAUGAUUUGAUUGUAGCCAAGAAGAGUAAUUUACAUUCUGAAAUAAGCCUAAAGGAUUUGUCCUCAUCCAUAUCGUCGCCAAACAGUUCCGAUAAUGAAGCCACCACGCCUGAAGAUAUUUUCGAGGACUUUCUCGAAAACAAUUUUAUUUGUGAUUCUAAGGAGGUUAUUGCUGAUUUGGAUGUUGAAAGCGUAUUUGAGGACUGUUCUUCGAAAGGUUUCGAUAUGGAUGUUAUAGUAAAUCACAUUUUCAGUAAAAAUGAAAAUUUGGGCAUAGAAAUUUCAGAGGAAUCUCAUGAUUCGCUAAUGGUUCUAGGAAAAGCCCAGUUAUUAGGAACAUUGGCCACGAGCUCGGAAGAUGAUGUGCCUCCUUUGAUCGAUUUCAGCCAAGAAGAUGAUUCAGACGGAUCUUCAAACAUUAUUGAACGUAACUCAAAACGAGAGGGCACUUUAUGGUCUAAGGUAUUACGUGAGUUGGACAGCAGCUCAGAGGAAGAUUUAAAAAUGCUACGGCCACCUCGACCCCAAGAAAGCCAAGUAAAAGAAUCCUUAAAUAUAAUGGAAGAGGCAAAGGGUGCUUAUAAAAUUGACUCCUCUAAACAAUCUGGAUUAGAGAUGAUAAAGAUGGUGUCCGAAGAAAGUAUAUCACAAGUAGCAUCAUUAAAAAAGAUAAAUGAAACUCUUAGCGAUAUUAAAGCUUCCAUUGCUUAUCCAAAAAUCAAAGUCAAAUGGUUGAGUGCUUGUCCUAAGAUUACUAUUCAUGACAUACCACAGGUGCCUGCCAAUAGAAAAAUAAUUCCAAUGUCCUUAACAAUAUCAGGUGAGGAUCAAAUACCAAAUAUCAGGGCACAUAAAGAUUUCCCUGUAAAUGUAGCAGAAAAUGUAUCGCAAGUAGAAUUAAAUAAUGUCAGCAAUCGUCAAGCUACAAUUUGUUUCCAAAACAAAACGGGAAAAUAUUUGAGUACCAAUCUUGAAACUAUCAUUGAGGAAAAACCUGAAGGGGCCAUAGAUUCAUUCAAACUCGAUUUUUCUUCCAAAGUAUCAAGGGACAAUUCUAGCUCGUUAUUAUCAUUUCGAUCAGAUUCGUUCGAACCUUCUAGUAGCAACGAAGAAAAACAGGCAACCCCCAGAAAUGGAAUUAAAGUUCAUACCAUAGCACUUUUUGGGAAUCUCAAAAGAAUCCAGAAUUUGUUUUCCAAUUUCAACAAUAGAAUCGUAACCAUGGAAGAUGGUUCUGAAAGUUCUGAUUCAAAAGUGAAUAAAAAUUACUCACAUACUUCUUUAGAAAGUAUAGAGCCUCCUGUAAUCGGCUGCGAGGAAUAUUUGAAUGAAGAAAUUCCUCAUUUAGAAAUAGAUGAGAAAUUUUCAUCAAGAUCGCCAUCCAUUGGUGAAAAGAACAAGAGGGCUAUAAGGGACAGUAAAAAGUCAUUGGAGGACGAUGAGGAACCGCUCUCCCCAAUCUUAAGCAAAAUUAGCCAAACUUUGAGUGAGACUAGAUUAAAUGUUUUGAAACAAGUGGACAAAUCUUUGACGGAACUUCAAAAGAAGAGUUUGUUACCCGAAAUAUAUAGUGAAGAAGAAUGUGGCUCUCAGGAAGCGGUUAAAAGGAAGAACGCCUUGCAGCGACAGACUUGUUUCGUGGUAUUUCCCAAAGAUACUGUGCCAGUGAGGGAAAUAUAUAAAAACGCAACGCCAUCAACCGCCAGUAAAGAAACACAUGAAAAUACUAUUGAAACGGUUACUUUGGAAAGGCCUGUAAUUGAAAACUUUGAUAAGCAAUCACCUCGUGAAAUUCUAAAGAAUAUUAAGCAGACAGCCAGUGACAUCAAGAUUAAUAUUUUGAAGACAAUGGAUAAAUCUUUGUCAGCAUUAACGUCAUCUAGUGAAAUUUCUGAAGUAUUCACAGAGUUAAGUCCGAAAAUCUCUCCAAAUCAAUCAUGGGUUGAAAAAUGUGAAGAACCUGUUUCAGAGGAGAUUCCAUUACUCAAAACAACAAUGGAUAGCUUAAAGGAGAUCUGUGUAAAGUCCGAUGGUGGUGAUCAGAUGGAAGACUGCAAACAAAUUAGCAAACUAACUACUUCGAUAGUAAAUGAUUUUAUUGUCACAGCAACAGGUUCCUUUUCUGAAACUCUUAAGAACGAAACCGUUCUAGAUUCCCAGGGUUUAAAGUCUAAGUCAGAUAGAAAUUCCCAGGACUUAAAGUCUAAGUCAGAUAGAAAAUCGGACACUUUUCCAAAAUGGCAGCACCAGAGCCAUAUAAUUGCAGCUCCUCGGGUGAUCGUUCCACUCUUGAAAUCGAAAUCCAUCUGCGAGAGGUCUGCGCAAGAUGGAAAUGGCUUGAGUUUUUUCGAACAAUUGGAGCAGUUCUUUGAGAUAAUGAACAUGGAAAAUUGUAGUCUAGCCGCAGAAAUUAACGUGACAACAAUCCAAGCAAGACUAGGAAAAUUGCUUUGUCGGAUCAAAACGCAGUUACCCAAUGAACUGAGCCACUCCGAUUUGGUGGCUGCGGUGGGGAAGUACCAAUUGAAGCACCUGCUAACCCGGCAGGAGAGAAUCUCCUACGAGUCUGUGAGGUGGCAACUGAGGGAUACCGGCCAGGAAUCAUUUGGCAAGACGAAAUUCGAGGCAGCUCUUUAUGGAAUGUUGGGCUACGAAUCGUCUCAUCUAAAAGCCACCGAUGGCAGGCUGCAUAUGCGUCUGCCGCACCAUCAGGAAAGCAUAGGUGAGUCGUAUUUAAUGGUGGCAUUCGGUCACUUGGGACAUCUAUACCGAUCGCUUCAGGAUCAGCUCGAAGGACUAAGCCGGCGGGGAGAGACUGCUAAUGCCAUUAGAAAAUGCCUUCAGAAGGAACUUCUAAGCUUCUAUGACUUAUACCACCUGCGUAAAAAUCAGCCAUGCAGCUUACUCCAAUUAUACAGGGAAACCCGGGUCUAUCAGUUGCGUUUUCAAUGGCUUCUUGAUGUCCUACAAAAGGUUAAUAAUAGAAAGUCUAUCCUUGUCUGUUUGAUUAACGAGCUGGAUUUAAGAGUCGGAGCGCAAAGAUUAUUAAUACAAAAUUGGCUCAACUCAGCUAGCAAGCCUCUAGUGGCCAGAUUUUGUCGCUGGCUUAUUUCUGGUAAUCUAACUCCUUUGGAUCGGGAUGAAUUUCUCAUCGACCGAUACAUAGCAUCCACAACUUAUGAUUUUUGGCAAAAUCGCUAUACACUGACUGACACCUUUUCGAGUGUUUUCGAUUCAAAGCUUUCCGAAAUGAUAAUGAGCAUUGGUAAGACUCAGGUCUACUCUCAAAAGUAUCUGGGUCUUCAGGCAGAAAUCUCCAUCAGUCUCAAAGAUCUCUAUUACAAAUUGCGUGAAGUGUUUAACCAGUUCUACGAGGACAGGGAUCAGGAACCUCUGUAUAAACUAGUUAGCAAGCUUCACCAUGAAGUGUCGGGCCGUGUGCUUCGAUAUCUGCGUCAGAUGAAAUCCGAGCCCGAGAACUUAUUUCAAAAUAUUCACCACUACGUAAUGCUUGCGGAUCGCCGCUUUUGUAGAGAACUUACGGACAUUCUUGAGCCUGUCCUCGAAGAGCCAUCCAGUUUUUAUAAUACUAAUCUGUUAAACCAGAUGAUGGAGCAAAUGUUUAGCAAGCCUUUGCCCGAUCUCUAUGUGGGCGAGGCGACAUCUGAAGGUUCCAAAUGCUGGUCACGAUUCCUUCUUCGUUGGCAAUUUCCAGAUUACUGGGCAGCUCUUCUGGGGGAGCAAGCCCAAGAGUACGAAGUGAUCUUUAUGGGACUAUGGAAAUUCCACUACACCAACUACGUCCUCCGCGAAAGGAUUGCGCGCCAGCAAUAUCAUUUCAGCAAAAGAUUGGAACUUCAGAGCUUUGAUGGUCUGGCAGAAGCCGAUGAGUGCUUGGGCAAGUUAAUAAAGUCCAUAUACGAGGUGAUGAAAGUAUUAAGAAGCUAUUUCCUACACGAAGUACUGGAGCAGGCCUAUGUCAAGCUUGUUCAAGGCUGUAAGGGAGCCCAGACUCUCGAUGAUCUUCGGAAAGCAAAUCGAACCUAUCUGCAGGAUAUUAAGGUUGGAUGGUUCCAAACUCAAAGCUCCCAUAAGGCGAUUCAUUAUUUGGAGAGGAUCUUUAGCUUCAUUCUCGAUUUGGAGAGCCAGCAACAAAAGUUUUUCAGGCUAACCCAAAUUCUCCUAGACUCUGUGAUAGAAGAUUGCGGAAGAAGAAAAUCUAAAUCAAGCAAGUCCCAUACAAAUCUAAUGCAAGAGUUUCGAUGGUCCUGUCAAAAUACUUGCGAGGCUCUCAAGGAGCUGGAAGAACGUUUUCAUCUGGCAAUGAUUGAUUUUCUGUUCAGUUUGCAUUUAGGAAAUCGGCAGUCCUUCAGGUUGCUGGCUCAAAAAUUGGACUUUAUCGGCUACUAUGAGGGAAGAGAUCAAAGGUUGUGGUUGAUACAACGUUUUGGAUUUAAAAGGAAGGCCAGGAUGGUAAAAUCCGAUGGCCACCCUUUGCAGUAAGAAUUCUGAUUAUUAGAUGCAUUUUAUAUAUUUUUGUACUAACAAGUAUGUAUAAAUACAGUAAUUUACAUACAGUUGAA